AACUCACCACACUUGGCCAAGUCGAUGGCCAAAGCCGAAACCUUCGUGCGACCAGUUUCCAGUCGAGUUUCGAGGCGCACGCAUGCGCACUACGAUGUGAAAGUCAGCCACGAUUGCCACAUCCGGUUGAAAAUUACUUUUGCAGUAAUCUGGUUAUUCCGGGAGGGAAAACCAGAACUAUGGCUCAAGCGGGACACAUUUUGUGGUUCACGGCGGCCUGUUGGAUUGCAUCAUCUUUAAGUGGCGCUGAUGCACAGCAUCUGAUCGCGUAUAUCUCGCAAAGGGGUCUGCAUGGAGAGAUUACUUUUCGGCAAGUGAAUGCCACCACGGUGGAAAUCAAGGCUAGUCUGGAGGCCACUUUGCAGUAUCCCGAUCAAGUGUGGAGUUGGGGAGUGCGCCGAUUCCCAGUGGAUUACACAAAUAUCGAUCCCGGAGAUCGUUGCGAACUGAGUCGGCUGGGCUCCCAAGUUGUAAGCUUCGAUGAGGAUCUGGAGUAUUUGGUGCUCCCCGGAAAUGAGACGUCCACGUGGCAGCGCAAUAUGCAGCUGAUUGGAGAUCGUGGAAUAUGGGGCAAGUCCUUAGUGCUGACGGAGAUCAACUCAAAUGCGCGGAUUUGCGCCACCAUAACCACCAUUCAAAGUUCCGUAGAGCAUAUGGCGGAGGCGCGUUUCAACACACCCAUUGCCGGAUCCGUUCACUUCCGUUGGUUGGCUCCGGCAGAAGGAGCUGUUGGGGAUACGUUAAUUUACUCCGAUCUGUACCACAUUAGGGAGCAACCACCGGCUUUGGAGGAUGAUAAAAGCCAAGCGGCAUCUUUCACCCAGCACCACUGGAAGAUCUAUGUGACGGAUAUCUUUAAGCAUGAUCACCAUCGCACCGAGGAUAACUGCAAUUUCCUGCAGUUGGUGUUUGAUCCUCAAGGUGGUGGAGCAGGAAAUGGAAUUGGUGAUCUAGAUGCGCGCCUAGGAAGGAUUGGGGUGGCCAAGAAUGCUCUUCGUUCGCCCCAGCGCAGUGUUUUUAGAGAUGCUCAGCUGGCUCUGCUGCCCUCGGAUCUCACUAUUCCGCACAGGACUCUCUACCUGGUGCUUUUCGAUAACCAGCAUCCGGAUUCUUACCUGGCUUGCACUAAGAUUCGUCAUGUCCAACCGCUGACCUACAAAACUUUCAUCAACUCCGGGGGAGUCAAGGGAGAAGUAACCUUCAUGCAGCGCUCCAAAUUCGACCCAACUUUCCUCAAUUUCACCUUGGGUGCACCGCUUUCACAGCAUGUGAGUCGCAAGUUUGCCGAAGAUGUGGCCGCCUUUCGGAUUCACAGUCUGCCGCCAGUACCACAAAGGAUGGGUCACGAGGACUAUUGUUUCACCACUGGGGAGAUGCACAAUCCCCGUGAGAUAAGCGACAAUAUUCCGCCUCCCGGUUAUGGAACCCAGGAGCAGUACCCCUUGGGCGACCUCUCUGGAAAACUGCAGGGACGCAAUAAGGCUUACUGGCAUCAGUUUGUUCUUCCUGGAACGAGUUCGGAGUUGAAUGGCCUCUACUGGGAUGUCUUCCUGCCACUUCAAGGACGUCAUAGCAUAUAUCAGAGGAGUCUGGUCAUAUACACCUUCAACAGAACUGAUGUCUCUAACAUUACGAAGAAUAUAUGGGGCUGUUCCAGUCUGGGGCAAUAUCAGAAAAAUGGUAUCUAUCAGCAGAAUAUGGUUACGGCUCAGGUUCUCUUCCGCUAUCCGGUGGUGGGACGUGUGAUCUUCCGACAGCCGGCGGAGCAGCCUUGGCAAGACACCACUGUGUUGUUUGAGUACCUUAUCCAAGCGGAUGGUUCCACCCAGAAUACCACGUAUGAGCACCGCUGGGCCAUCCACAGCAAUGCGCCUGGAAAAGACUUUUACGAUUGGCAGCAGCGCUGCAUUUCCGCAGGACCAGUCUAUAAUCCCUACCGAGUGGAUUGGGGCAAUCGUAGUGUGGAUGACUUCUGCCAACCCAAUUUACCCUCCAUGUGCCGAAUGGGAGCCUUGGAUGCGAGGUCGGGCAGACUCACCAUCGCCGGGGGCCGAAGGGUUGCCCAGAAAAUCAGCAGGAGGAUGUUUGUGGACGGAAAUCUUCCACUGUCUGGUCGGCAUGGCAUCCUGGGGAAAUCCCUAGUGAUAUAUGAGGAUAGUGGUCCGAAAGCCAGAGGCGAACGAUUGGCCUGCUCCGCGGUCAUUGGACAUUUCCGCCGGAAAGUGGUGGCCAAGGAGUGGUAUGCCAACGGGGAUCCACUGACUGUAAGUGGUCGGGUAGAGAUCACCCAGCAAUCGGAGUACGAUGUCACCAAUGUGGAGGUGCAACUUAAGGGACUGCAGGAUAACACAGGCUAUCAUAUUCACAGGACCCCUGUGGAAGCCAAUCUUGCUUUUCCCUGCGAGGCCUCCACUUUGUAUGGCCACUGGAAUCCUUUCGAUGUCAGUCCAAAGUCAUCACCACCUUCUAGAAGGGGCACCACCGACCAGUACGAGAUGGGAGAUUUAAGUGGAAAAUUUGGAGGUCUUGAAGGGGUCACUCAGUUCGAGGAUGCCUACAACGAUACGAAUCUUCCGCUCUUUGGCUACAACAGCAUUAUUGGAAGAUCUGUGGUUAUUCAGAAGAAACAAAAGAACGCGAGAUGGGCCUGCAGUACCCUAGAGCGUGGCUAUAGUCCCAGUGAGGCCAGGGAGCUCAGAGCGAUUGCCUCGUUCCAUCAUCCCACGGGCUAUGCCUAUGGUUACAUUAAGAUGACGCAGCUGAUCCACAAUGAUGGUAGCCAAUCGGAGACGGUGAUCGAGGUAAAAUUACGGCAUCCGGGAAAAAACGAUAGGAACUCUACGAGGGACCACAAUUGGCAGAUCUUCGUGAAUCCCGUGGGCGUGGAUGCAGCCGUAAAGCCCACAAUCACACGUUGUGUGGCCGGAGGAUACGUCUGGAAUCCGUACUACACACAGCUGGCAGAUCCCCUCAAUCUGGAUCUGUAUGAGCAGGAGUGCAGUCCAGAUAAUCCUUUGCGCUGCUACGUGGGCGAUGUGGGCGCUCGUUUGGGCACUAUAGAUCUCGGAGGGCAACGCGUAGUCCUAACCGACUCAAACUUUCCCUUGGAAGCUCCUGUAGGAGCCAUUGGACGAUCCAUUGUCAUAUUUGGACCGGAUCACUCCCACGAGCGCUUUGCCUGUGCAAAUAUAGAGCCCGAUCACAAUGUAAUUAAAUACAUAAACCUGCAAAAGCCACCCCGCUUCGUGGUUGCCCAGUUUCUGGAGGAAUUGCGAUCCGUUAUGGGAAUCCCAGAGUGGAUGUUGGAUGUAGACGCCCGUAAGACCAAGGAACUGCAUGGCGGCGCCUGCAUCCAGAUGAUUAUCCAUUUCAAGGGACCUCUGGCCCAUCGCCUGGAGUUGGAUAUGUCCCGAUUGAUAGCCGCUGGGAGAUUGGAUGCCCCCAGUCUAUUCAUUCCAGGCUAUGUAAACCAAAAGCGAAAGGCCACCAUUUCAUAUCGCACCUGUGGAGUUAGGGAUACCAAUGAGAAGCGUACCAAAAACUUCAGGGGUGGUUUUUAUUCCACAAGCUCAGCUCCAACAGAACCAAAGCCUUUCUUUUUAUCUUUCGUAGUCAUCGGCUUAGCCCUUAGGUUCCUAUAAAUUGUAAAUAUAAUAUAGUGUUUUAUUUGAAAAUCUUUUUGUAUAUUUUUGUACUAAAAAACUUAUAUCGAUUUCAAAUGGUUUUAGUCACUAGCUUAGCAUCUAGAUGUUUGUAAAAUUGAGGACUUAAACUCAAUAAACAUUAAUUUAAUAGUUCAUGUAAAUAUUCCAUUAAAAAUUUUGUAUAAUCUGUACAGUAA